AUGACAAACGUUGGUCGAGCUGCCGCGAACAAUAAGCAUGGUGGCCAGAACGAGGAGCUAGCAUCAACUCAAAAAAAGAAUAAAAUCUCAGACAAAAUGCAAACACCUUGGCAACCAGAGGAGGAUUUCAUGCUUCUUAACUUGUUUCACACUGGUUCAGCAAUUGCUGCCUAUGUGAAGAACUAUCUCGAGAUAUUCUGCAUCACAUCGUUAUUCAACAAAGUAUCAAACACCCCACAUUUUUAA